AUGCAGGCUUCAGAGGAGAAUAUGUCCGACCUAGAGAGUGGCAUGGUCACAAUUAUCCGAGUUUUCCACGAAUACUCCGGUCACAAGUGCAAGCUGAAGAAAGCAGAGCUUAAAGCGCUCAUCGACAAUGAGAUGAGUAAUUUCAUAAUGAAAAUCCAAGAGAACGAAACUCUGGAUGAGCUCUUUGCGGACCUUGACCAGAACGGAGACCUGGAGAUCGAUUUCAAAGAGUUCAUCGCCCUCAUCGCCAUGGUCACCUCAGCGUGCCAAGAACUCUUCUCCCCAAACUACCAUAAUAAUUAGUUAGCAUGUGUCUGCAUUACUCAUUAAAACUAUGAGCAUCACAGAGGUGUCACAGAGGGUCUGAAUUUUUUUAGGCGGA